AUGGAGCGAAACCAACGAAUAUUACUAAUACUUUGUGUCGUCUACGGACUUUGGAACAAUGGCUCUCAAUGGACAACAACGUUACUUUCUUUCUUGCAAUGGGACACUAUUCAUGUGAUGUCAAUAGUGGAUAUUGGUUACAUUCAGUCAUUUGGGAGCUUUUGCAAUGCCAUUGGUGCUCUUGCUGCGGGACAGAUAGCUGAUACCACUGGACCCAAAACGAUGCUCCUCCUUUCAACCAUUGUCACUUCUAUCUAUUAUUCUUCGCUAGCUUUUGCCAGAUGUUGGUACUCCUUCUUUUUUUUACAGCUAUUCCGAAUGGGCUACCUACUCGAUGCAGUUGCUGAGAUGUACUUAGCAACUAUUACAACAGAACGUGAAAGAACCAAGGCUCUGAUGCGAUUCACUGUACCACAGGCAAUUGCAAUGUUCUUGGGUCCGAUGUUGGCAUCACAAUUGGCUGUUAAAACCACCCUUAGAGGAUCACAAUUUAUUUGUGGUGUCACUUUGCUGGUGACACUAACUCCACUCAUCUAUUUUAUGCUACCAUACACACACACUGUACCCAAACUUGCUACUGCACGACUACGACCACAGGACUACUUACCUAUGGUCAAAAAUAAUUCAGCCCUUCGAGAAGGUAUUCUAUUGCGAGGAUUACUUAUUGCCGCUUACGUGUGCUAUGAAUUAAUAUCUAGAAACUUUCUUCUCCGUUCACUUAUGCAGGUUAACCCUAAUGAUUCGGCCAAAGUACUAAUUGUCAUGGGUACAUCACUACUCGUAGCACAAUUUCUUUUUUUGCCUUUUUUACAAAAACGUCUGUAUCCAAGAUCAGUACUCAUUACCGCAUUAGCUGCCCUUACUUUCGCCUACACUUUAACCAGUUUUGCUAACAGUCUCAAUCAACUACUUGUUAUCGUGGCCGUUCAAACAGCUUGCUAUUCAGUGGCUUAUGCCGAAACCUGUACUCAAAUUACAAGUGCCGUAGAUAUGACUGAUUUGGGAAAAGCCACAGGACUGGCAUCUGCCGCUCAAUGGAUCAUACAUUUCAUCGUACCCAUUUACACGUCGCAUCUCGUACAACAUUGGCAUUAUACUUAUGCAUUUUAUACCAGUGGAAUACUUUCACUCCUGACUCUUUGCUACAUUAUUUUAGUAGCAAAACAUCCGAAUGCACGUGUAAAUUCUUUGUUACCCUCAAUUUAUCUCGCAUAG